CUGUGAAGCUAAAACGGGUCCCUACUUUUUUUUUUCCGUCACGGAUACAGCGACAAAAGCUCCACGCUGCAGCCGGGCUGGGGUUAACCUCUCCCCGAGAACCCGGACAGACGCAAGGACGUCAAACUUUAUUUGUUUAGAGUUUGAGUAAUGACAGAUAAACACGUCCUCCCUUCAUGCUUACUUUCGACCAAGAAGAAGUUAUGGAUAUUUGCGACGGGAAGAAGAGGAGACAGGUAAGCGGCGGCGGCGCGCGGGGCUGCAGGCGGAGCGCGGCCGUGAAGAUGAAGCGGGAGGCGGGCAGAGUCCUCCGCUCGCUGACUGUGCAGGACAACAACCGUGCGGAGCCCAUGGAGGAGGAGGACGAAGAAGAAGAAGAGGAGGAGGAGGAGGACUGCUUCUCCAUUAGCUUCCUCCGGAACGACCGGCUGCUGGAGCCCGCCGUGGCGGUGUCCCCGCCGCGCUACAGCCUGCUGCGGGAGGUCGGCCGCGGGAGCUACGGGGUGGUUUACGAGGCCGUGGCCCGGAAAACGGGCGCCCGGGUGGCGGUGAAGAGGCUCCAGUGCGACGCGCCGGAAAACGUGGAGCUGGCGCUCGCCGAGUUCUGGGCGCUGACGAGCCUGGAGAACCGGCACCAGAACGUGGUGCAGCUGGAGGAGUGCGUGCUGCAGAAGAAGGGCCUGGCGCAGAAGAUGAGCCACGGGAACAAGAGGUCCAAGCAGUACCUGCGCCUGGUGGAGACCUCGCUCAAAGGCGAGCGCAUCCCGGGCCACCCGGAGGAGCCGUGCUACCUCUGGUUCGUCAUGGAGUUCUGCGAGGGCGGCGACCUCAACCAGUACAUCCUGUCCCGGCGGCCCGACCCCCAGACCAACCGCAGCUUCAUGCGCCAGCUGGCGAGCGCCGUGGCGUUUCUGCACAAGAACAACAUCGUCCACCGCGACCUCAAGCCGGACAACAUCCUCAUCUCGCAGAAGUCCGGCUCGCCCGUCCUCAAAGUGGCCGACUUCGGCCUCAGCAAAGUGUGCGCGGGCCUCAACUCCAAGAACAGCGAGGAGCGCCCGGCGGCGGGCGGCGGCGGCGGCGACCAGAACAACGUCGUCAACAUCAACAAGUUCUGGCUGUCGUCGGCCUGCGGCUCCGACUUCUACAUGGCGCCCGAGGUGUGGGAGGGCCACUACACGGCCAAGGCCGACAUCUUCGCGCUGGGCAUCAUCAUCUGGGCGAUGAUCGAGCGGAUCACCUUCAUCGACGGCGAGUCGAAGCGCGAGCUGCUCGGCACGUACAUCCGGCAGGGCGCGGAGAUCGUGCCCGUCGGGGAGGCUCUGCUGGAGAACCCCAAGAUGGUUCUGCACAUCCCGCAGAGGGCCCGGAGCUCCAUGUCCGAGGGGCUGAAGGAACUCCUCCAGGACAUGCUGGCGGUCAACCCUCAGGACCGGCCGGACGCCUUCCAGCUGGAGGUGCGGAUGGGCCAAGUCACGUGUGCUGCGUGACGGCGGGCCAUCUUUCCCCAAAACCCUCUCCUCAAAGAAGGGACCCCUUUCCUUCCCAGCUUUGUUUACUCCGUGGACGUGGACUCCCGCUGGACACUCGACAAACUCUCGAGAAUUGUGAAGAAUCCACAAUCAUGAUGGGACCGGCCAAUGAUUCCAACAAAAAUAAACACAACUCUGGGACGGGGAAAAACCGUCCGCAAAGCCAGACCACAGCCAGCUCCAGGUGGGCGUCGCCGUGGAGCCGAGGACAUUCUGACUGGUGGAUUGACGGACGCGUGACGACCAGGUGUACGACGUGUUUUAUAUUCGUCGAUGUGUGUGUAAUGUAAAGGUACCGCACUGGACCGGGACCUUUGAGGUCCGUGCGUCGCAAUGCAGACGAUGGUGGGGGGGGGGGGGAGGAAGGAGCAAGCAGAGAGCGGUUAGAAGCAUAAGAGCAAAGCAGUGAGUCUGACAUGUUCUGGACCUACGAAGCUCUGCCACAGUUCAGUGACUCGGCAGUAGUAGUAGAUUUAAAGGGACAGUACACCCCAAAAUCAAAUGGGUAACAUUGGUCAAAUCGGAUAUGGGAUUGCUGUGGGGAUGAGGAUCUUUACAUCUAUACUUCCAACUGUCCCCCCCUGUUGUUUCCUUUAGACUCUUUUAAAUCAAGUAAUGAUUCCACUUGAAAGACACUUGACACUAUGCAAAACGUUCCACCGCCUCGCCGUAGAAACACCGAACAGUUCGUGUGGAACAUCUUUGUUUCUCGCCAUCUUUUCUCUUUUCAGUGCAUCUGUCUCCAGUGUGUACAGACGGUGUGUUUAUGUUGCGUUCAAUAAGAAGUUGCUUCUUGGUAAUGAAGCCGACGGGAGCCAUUGGGUGUUUGGAGAAAACAUCGUGUUUUUGCUGUAAAUAUGUUUGACAACUUUUCUUGGAAUAAAAUGAUCAAAAACUU